AUGACAAGAGUACUACUCACAGGAGGAAGCGGCUUCAUCGCUGCGCACACCCUCGACAUCCUCCUAGACCAUGGACACAGUGUAGUCACCACAGUGCGCACCCAGGAGAAGGCGGAUAAGAUCAAGGAAUCAUACAAGAGCUACGUCGACAAGGGCCAAUUGAGCUUCGCGAUUGUUCCGGAUAUCGCUCAACCAGAUGCUUUCGAGAAGGCUGUUAUCUCAGACCCUCCAUUCGAGGCUGUGCUUCACACUGCUAGCCCGUUCCACUUCAAUGUCACUGAUGUUCAGAAAGACCUGAUUGACCCUGCUGUCAUUGGAACAACUGGCAUCUUGAAGUCGAUCAAGAAGAGCGCGCCAUCCGUCAAGAACGUUGUCAUCACAUCCUCGUUCGCCGCCAUUGUAAACGGAAGUAAAGGAUUCUGGCCAGGACACGCAUACUCCGAGGAGGAUUGGAACCCGAUCACACAAGAAGAGGCCACAGAGAACCCAAUGAUGGGAUACAGAGCAAGCAAAACGUUUGCUGAGAAGGCUGCGUGGGAAUUUGUUGAGAAGGAGAAGCCCAACUUCACCGUCUCCACGAUCAACCCACCGAUGGUUUUUGGACCGAUUGUACACGCUCUUGACAGUCUUGAGAACAUGAACACCUCGAACCAGCGCAUCCUGUCAGCGGCACAAGGCAAGUUCAAGGACGAGAUCCCACCCAGUGGUGUACAUCUGUGGGUGGACGUUCGCGACGUCGCGGAGGCACACGUAGCUGCGUUCGAGAAGCCAGACGCAGCCAACAAGCGUUUCUUCGUGACGGCCGGAUACUUCUCCAACAAGGAGCUAUGCCAGAUCAUCAAGAAGAACUUCCCCGACUUCAAGGACCUGCCGAGCGACUCAACACCCGGCGGUGACUACCCAGAAGGCACACCUGAGAAGGGCCUCUACACAUACAACAACAAGCGCUCCAUCGACAUCCUUGGCCUCAAGUACAAGACUUUCGAGCAGUCGAUUGUCGACUCUGUCAAGUCUUUCCAGAAGAAGGGAUUGUAA